UAUGCAAAUGUAUCUAUUGUUAUUCCUUUAUUUUAACAUUCUAAAAGAUUCUUCAAGUUUAGAUUGUCCAAAUUUGCCUUCGCCUUGGCGAAGUUUUAAGACUCGAUCGAAAUGCUACGCUACUAGAAGUUUGUCGGUUGGAGAAAGAACAUAUGAAAGAGCUAAAAGUAUCUGUUCAAGUGAAUUGAACGAUGGAUUCAUUGCCGAUGCUGAAUACGAGUCGUUAAGUGAAUUUGCGGCUAAAGGAAUAGAUUUUGUUUUAGACAAUUUUAACAUUCCUAAGGAUAUUACUUGGAAUGGUAAUCCAGCGGCUGGUUUCUUUAUUGGACAUUCCUCGAGCAAUAACAAUGGAAAUAUCGAACACCGAUGGCUGUCUGGAAGGGUUAUGACAGUAGAACUUCAGGGACCUUCGACGGACGGUCCUGUUAUAGUAGUUGUUAGUUCUAACCCAGAAGUAGCCGCUUUUUAUACAGGAGAACCGGAAUCGAACGUUGGGUCGGUUAUUUGUCAAGUUCCUUCAACAUUACAAUGUCCAACAAAUAUACCGUCUGGAUGGCUUGGAUUUAAGACAAAUAAGAAGUGUUAUAUAGCACGUAAGCUCGAUGUUAAUGAAAGAACAUUUUAUAAAGCUAAAGAUAUCUGCGAAAGUAUCGACGGUAUGAAAUUGGCAAACCUAGAAUUUGAAACGGAAAUACUAUUUAGAUUUGUUCCAUUCGUUAACGAUAAUAUUGGCAGUUUUGAUCCAACCAUUGAAAUAGAAGGACAAACUCUACCAGCUUUCCAUUUUGAUUAUGAAACUCCCAUAAAAAAUAUUUUUCAAUGGCCAAGCGGUAAAGCUUUAAUUGAUUCGAGAAUUAAGACUGAUCCUUCAAAUUUUCAUCUUGGUCUAGUAGUCGCACAAAACACUUUUGGCUAUCUGUCUCUCUUGGAAGAAACUAAUAUAAGAGGAGUUAUUUGCGAUAUGGAACAAUCUUCAGAUCCUCCUGAUACCGCCUCAGAGCUAAAAUGUCCGUCAGUUGGAGACGAAUGGAAGACAUUUCAAACAACAUCUAAAUGCUAUGCCAUAAAAUAUUUAACAACUGGGGAGAGGACAUAUAAUCAAGCGAAAUCUAUUUGCGAAUCAGGUUCUCUUAGUGGAAACAUUGCCGAUUUAGAGUAUGAAGAUUUGGAGGAAAUUAUAGGGAGAUUGGUAAUUCACACUAAUAAUGAUCCUUCCAUUACAAAAGGUAUAGAUGUAGAUGGAGUCGACAGUGCAGGAUUCUUUAUAGGACAUGAAAUAGUUAAUAAUGGCCAGAAUGAGUACUAUUGGCAAAGUAAUCGUGAAAUUCCUCAAUUUGUUAUAGAGGGACCAAAGACAAACAGACUAAUUGCAGUUGCAAAUUCCAAUCAGGGUCAUACUAAAUUCUACACAGGUGCUCAAGAAUCGAGUGUAGGAGCGGUUCUAUGUGAAAUUCCAGCAGAAAUUGAAUGUCCGCAAUUUCAAGGAUUUCUACAUUUUCAAACAAACAGAAAAUGCUAUUUUACACGUAAAUUAGAAGAUAUUGAAAGAAGUUUUGCGUAUGCUAAGCAAAUAUGCGAAAGUAGAGAAAAUUCAGCAUUGGCAAAUUUAUACGCUGAAACGAAUUUACUAUAUAAUCUUGUUCCACUUGUCAAUGAUAAUCCAUCGGAUUUUGACAAUACGAUUCUACUUAAAGGAAAAUCGAAACCUGGUUUCUAUUUCGAUUAUACUGUUGCUGCUCCAAAAGUUUACCACUGGCCAGGCAAUAUAGAUAUAGAUAUGGAGACGAUUAAUGACUCUCAGACAAGUACACAUCUCGCCCUGGUGGUAGAUUCUUCGUCAUUCGGAUAUUACAGCGCUUUUGAGGAAAGUGAAAUAAGGGGAGUGCUCUGCGAAAUAGACCCUUCCAUACCUGGAAAUGAACUCUCCUGUCCCGAUUUACCUUCGGGUUGGUAUAGUUUCCAGAGUAAGAAUAAAUGCUACGCUACCAGAUUUUUAAACUCGGCUGAGAGGAGUUACGAACAAGCAGAAACGAUAUGUAGCAAUGAAUUGGAAGACGGCCAUAUUUUGGACCCAGAAUAUGAAGAUUUAAAUGAACUUUCUCAACUUGGAAUACGUUUUGUUAAGACAGUUACGCAUUCCAUAUCCAGAGACGUCAACUUGAAUGGAAUUAAAGUUGCGAGUUUCUUUAUAGGACAUAAGUCUAUCACGGUUGACAGUCAAGUAGAAUAUCAAUGGCUUAGUGGAAGACCCGUUCCGUCGUCUAUUAAUAUUCAAGGAACCGUUAGAACAUCUCGUCUUUUUGUAUCAGCCAAUGAUAAUCCAAAUGGAGCCGAAUUUUUUACUGGAGUGCAGGAAUCAAAUAUUGGAGCAGUUCUUUGUCAAAUUCCAGCUCUGUUGCAAUGUCCUGACGAAACAAUAAAUGGUUGGUUAAGUUUUAAAACGAAUAAAAAAUGCUACUUGGUAAGAAAUCUAGAAAGCAACGAAAGAACAAUGGAAAAGGCAAGAGAUGCCUGCCAAAGCGUUCCCGGUAUGAAACUAGCCGACUUAAGAGAGGAAACGGAACUCCUUUACCAACUUGUACCUUUGAUUUUGUUGAAUUCUAGUAGUUUUACAAAUUCAAUUCAAAUUAACGGACAAAUGAGACCUGGAUUCUAUUUUGAUUAUAUAAUAUCAAAUGCUAAUCAAUUUUCAUGGCCGAAUGGAGAAACUAUUGCUUCAGAUUACAUUGAUACAACACAAGGAAAUACCCACGCAGCCUUAGUUGUUGAUGGUAAUGUUUUCGGAUAUUAUCAUUCAUUUGCAGAGAGCUCAAUAACUGGUGUAAUCUGCGAUUUAGAAUCCUCCUCCGGUCAAGGAGAUCCACACAUGCGCCAUUACAUUAAGAAAUACGGACGUCACAUCUGCUACGACCUAACAGGUAAACGCGGAGACGAAUUUAUCAUGUAUACAGAUCCUUCUACAAACACUAUGGUACUGGGAAAACUCCGAGACGACUUUUAUUUCGGUAGUGUAAUAAUACAAAGUUCUUUUUACAAUAAAACAAUUUCGGCUGACAAUUUAUGGAAAGUUGGCGAAUGGUUGAAUACACUGUAUAUACGAGUUGAAGCUAUUCAUAAAGAUGAAAUAUCGCUCACUAUAAAAAAGUAUAACCCAACUGUGCUAAUUAUUACAAAAAGAAGAAAUACCGCCGGUUCUAAUUACGUUAAUAUUCGUAUUGGUGAAAUGGACGAAUUAAAUUCCCAUGGAAUAUUCGGUGAUAUUUCGAAGAAAAACUACAUCUUUUACGAAAGUAUACAAACUCAUUCAAAAAGUUCAAUAAGUAUUGAAGGAAAACUAUUCGACGCUCAACUUAUUAAAAGAGAUGGACAGUCUUGUUGGUUUUUAUCGCCUGAUGCCGCUUUUUAUCCUAAAAACGUUUUAGACUAUUUAAGAAACUAA